AUGGUGACUGAUAUACAUUUAGUCAAAGUUAAACCAUCGAUCGAAAAUGUUGAUCCUUUCAAGAAAUACCAAUUAAGCACUCCGUCCACGUUCUCUUUGCAAGAAAACCCAAUUUUGUAUGGUGGUGGUAGAGGUUGGGUAUUGACUAUUGAAGACGUUGAUAAUUCGUAUUUCAGUUCUCUAAGGAAUCAUUUAGGAAAAGAUUUAAAUCAAGGUCUCUCGGUAGAUGUAUUUGUUUUAAAUACAUCAUUUAUAAUGUGGUUUACUGGUUACGGGUUUGGUAUGGAGUUCAUGUACCCGAAUAUCAUUUUGCAUGCUUUGCAAAAAAACCCUGAAAAUGAGUUGAUGUUGUACCUACAAUUGAAAGAAGAUCAUGCCAAUGAUACAUCUAAAGGAAUAGAAGAAGAGGGUGAACAAGAAAUACCGAUAAUAGAGGCUCGAUUGGUUCCUGAAAGGAAGGUAUCGCCAGAGGGUAAUGAGACCUUGUUUACUAAUGAAUUUUUCGGUGGUGACAAUCAAGGAGACAAAAUGGUUGAAAACACAUUUAAUGCGUUAUCACAAUGCUCUGCUUUCCAUCUAGAUCCACAGUCCGAAGAAGAACUACUAGAAAAUGAUGAAAUGUCCCAGGAGAUGCCUAAUUUUCCGAUCAUUGGCAAUACAGACAGUUCGCAUGAGGGCAGUGAAGUUUUGUUGAAUACCGGUGGUCAAGCAGAUGAUAUAGAUGAUGAUACUGCUGAAGAUCCUAACCAACAAGAACAACAAAUAUCGGGAAUCGAAGUCGUGAUACCUGGUGAAAGGUUGGGAGUCAUAAGACACCGUGUUGAAUCCGAUGAAGAACUGGAUUUUCAUAAGCAUCGGAAAGUUUAA